AUGGUUGCCAAAUCACAUUCAAAGAAAUUGUUUCGUAGAAAGAAGACUAUUGCCCAAAGACUAUUCAAUGCUGUAAAAGCAGUCGAUAUGUACGGAAAAGACAUUGUUCUCACCUAUGAUGGUGAUGAUAAGUAUCGAACCCACAUUGGAGGAGUUGCUUCCAUUAUAGUUUUUGGAAUAGUUUUCUCUUACAUAAUCUACCUGAUACAGCUAAUGUUUAGUAAGGGAGAUACCACUUUUAUCAAAACAUCACUUCUAAAUGAUUUGUAUGAGAAUGUUGAAAUCCACACCCCAGCAAAGAAUGGUGGGAAAGGAACGGGAUAUUCGGCCUUUGACUUUGCUUUUAAGUUCACAGCAGAUGGAAAAGAUUAUUUGACAGACUCUACAGCAUUUUCACUCUCUAUGAACUUUGUUGAACAAAAAUGGGUGACUGAGAAUGGCGUUGCUAAAAUUGAGAGAAAUUACACAAAUAUAGAAUACGAAAUUUGAGGUCUUGAACACUUCAACUACGACGAUGUCCAAGAAAUACAACGGAUCGGAGUUGACACUUACUAUUGACCAAAGGGUGACUACUCUGUUGCAGGAAGUUUCUACUCCCCUCAGUACAACUAUGUCGAAAUGAAACUCAGAAAAUGUGUUGGUGCUACAUGCAUGAGUUCAACAGAUAUUGAAAAUUUAGUCAAGGAUUCAAGGUUCUCCAUGGCAAUCGUAAAUACUGUAGUGGAUUUGAAGAAUUAUCAAAAACCUAUCCAAUACAUGAUCGAUGAUGGCUUGUUCUGGGAGCUAACUCCAGGAAUCAGGAAGAAAACUGAUGUCUUCAUCAGAAAAAACGAAGCCUCUUUUGAGGACAACUAUGUUCAGCUGGGUUUCCCUCAAGAGAAGGAGUUUUAUCAAGUUGCUGAAUCUACAGAUCGAUUUGAAUCUGAAUCAAGUCAAGGUGAUAUUCUGUCAAUUUAUUUCAGGUUUGACAAGACAUCGGAUAUUUACGAAAGAAAAAUCUAUUCUCUCGGAGAACUCAUCGGACAAGCAGGAGGAUUCUAUACCUUACUCUCUCUUGUAGGAUCUAUUCUGCUUUUCAUUUUCUCUGAGAGACUUUUUGUCAGCUCAAUUUUAGCAAAAAUAUACCAGAUUGACAAGUGGCAAGAACAAGAACGAUUAGAUAAAAACCUUGCUUUAAAAAAUCAAAGAGAGAUAUCUAAGAAAAAUUUGGAAUAUAAAGAGGAUGGAAGAAGGAUUAAACAACCCUUUACCAAAAGUGAGAAGUUCCAUUCUCAGACGACCGACUGCCUCAAACAUAUUGACUCUAAUGAUGUCCUAGAUAUCAGUUUAUUACCUAAAAUGGAGAAAAGCAUGAGGGAGCGCCGGGUCUUCAAAUAUGGUUAUAUUGACAUUCUUCACUAUCUCUUCUGAUGAGUUGUUUGACGCCGUAAACGAUCAAUGCGAUUGAAACCCAGGUUCAGAGACCAUCUAUAUUACGAAAUCGGGGAAGAAAAACUCCUAGAUGAGCUCGACUGAGUUACAAUAAUAAAGGCUGUCAGGCAGUUAAAAAUCCUGACACAUGUCCUGUUUGAUAAAUAAACAGAAAUUCCUGAUGAAGUUCCAAAGGAAUAAUGUAAUUGAUAGUUCCUCAUCAGGAACUUCUGACGAAGGCCAGAUGAAUAUUGUUGAUCUCAUGGCAAGCAAGAAUGAGAAACAUGUUAAAAUAGUUAACAAGAAAAUUCAAAAGGCAAUUUACAGUAUCCAAGGCCGACAUCUAAAAGAGCUCGAUAAAAGAAUAAUUGCAGGCAUCUUCAAGAAGAGACAAUCAGAUUCAGAGAACGAAAAUGAGCCAGUCCAGAACAACGAAGAAGAGCUUCGUGACCUCUCUCCAACUUAUUCAAACAAAGAAGAACAUAAGCAGUACUAUCCGAAAUUUAAAAGAAGCGUUCGUGUUUCACCUUUAUUUUCAAAAAUUGAAAUUGGUGAUUCUAUGAAUAAAAUAUCUGAAAUCAAUCAAGAUCCUUACUGCCUUGACAAACCUAACCAUUAUUAUGACAAUGAAAGCUGAAUUUCAUCUAUCGAUAUCCUACGAAACAAUAAAUCUGAAGUUAAUGACUCAAGUGUAAAUACAAAGUAGAUUCAAU